UUGAUUUAGGGAGGGGUGGAAUAUGUCUCUUUUUCAUUUGUUUUGGUUAUUUGGGUUGAUUUCUUCUUUAAAUGCUUCUACUACUUUCUCCAGCUCAUGCAUGACUUGACUCCCACUUCCAAGUCUCUCUCUCUCUCCGCUCUCCCCAGGUUAAGGGACAUUAGUCUUAAGUGUUCAUCCCAUCAGAGCACACAGGGAGAUAAAAAGAGACAGAAACACACAGAAUUGGAAGCUCGUUGUACAGAAGGAUGAUGGAUUACACUGUUGUAGUGUGUGCAAUUGCUAGUUUGCUCAUCUUCUCAUCACCAAUAAAUGCCAGAAAAAGCAUUUCUCAAUCUCCAGCGCCCGCACCGGGCCCGGCCUUUGUGAACCUGACAGCUUUGCUGACUGUUGCGGGCCCGUUCUCCACGUUCCUUAACUAUUCCCGGUCCACUAAAGUCAUAGAAACAUUCCAAAACCAAGCCAACAAUACUGAAGAAGGAAUCACUCUCUUUGUCCCCAGAGACCAAGCCUUCUCCUCAAGGCACAUGAGCAUUUCCCUCUCGAACCUCACCGCCGACCAGCUCAAAUCUCUCUUCCUCUUCCAUGGAGUGUCCCAUUACUACACUCUCGCCGACUUCAACAGCCUCACCAAAGUCAAUACCUUUGCUGGGGAUGCUCUGAACGUGACUGAUAUAUCUGGGACAGUGAUCCUCGACUCUGGAAGGACGAAUACGACAAUCAUCAGUGCUGUGCUGUCUACUUAUCCUGUUGCCAUUUAUGAGGUGGACAAAGUUCUUCGUCCUGUAUCAAUCUUUGGGACGAGUAUACCCCCCACCGAGGCACCUGCGCCUUCUCCAGUUGCUGCUUCUCCUUCUUCAAUUCCCGGUGCUGCAGAUGCUCCGGGUUCUGAGAAAGGUGACAGUAGUGACUCGACCUCUUCUCCGAAUUCAACUCCUUCCUCUUCUCAUAAGGUUACGAUUAGCUUCGGCCCUCUCAGUCUGGGGGUCUUGGCAAUGGCUGCUGCAUCUGCAUUUUUCUCCUAAACUUUUCUAUACAUAUAUUGGUUCAUUUGCACCCCAUUAUUAUUUUUUUCUGCCACAUACAACGUUCUUCCCUGGUGUAGAAUUGAUUUGUGCUAUUAAGGUUUGUGUGAGAAUGUAUUUUUAUGUGCUUUAUUGCUAUUAAUCCGGCGGUAUGUACCAUUGGGCAUUGGGAAGGCUUAAUCCCAAGUAAUUACUCCUAUAUUUUUAUAAAUUGAAAAUGUAUUUUUCUAUAAUUUGUCUAGUUCUAUACAUUAAUAACUAGCAAUAUUUAUG